AUAAAAAUAAAUAAAAACACAUUUUCAUACUCGAAGUGUAGUCCAAUUCAGUCCUUUCAGGGAAAAAACACAAAAUACGGUGUUUAGUCACAGCUUUUGAAAAUGGUGGGCUUAGAGUGUAGGCGGUUUUGAUUGGCAAAUCUGAAUUGGGUUUUUGAAAUAAUGGCUAGGCGUCAUGGAUGGCAAUUCCCUGUUCAUACUUUUCAAAUUGUGGCUGUAACAGUUUUCUUCCUGCUUUCUGUUGCAUUCUAUUCCUUUUUUGCUCCCUUCCUUGGGAAGGACAUCUAUGAAUAUGUGGCCAUUGGUGUUUAUUCUGUCUCGGCGCUCUCUGUAUUUAUUCUUUAUGUACGAUGCACUGCAAUUGAUCCGGCUGAUCCUGGAAUUCUGCUAGGAGCUGAUGAGACAGCAGGCCAUAAAUCAGAAAAUGACACAUAUCUGCCUGGAAAUUCUGCUGAAGAACCUAGCAAGACAAGGUUAAAAAAUGGAGGAAAAUCCAAUAAAUACGGUUCAAGUUGGUGUUCAAGACUCGGAGAUUUCUUUUGCUGUUUUCUUGUGAAACAAGAUUGCCGAAAAGAUGAAGAUAUUCUACAGCAAGAAUCUGGAGAGGAGGCUUUGUUCUGUACACUUUGCAAUGCUGAGGUACGCAAAUUCAGCAAACAUUGCAGAAGUUGUGACAAAUGCGUUGAUGGAUUUGAUCAUCACUGCCGGUGGUUGAACAAUUGUGUAGGGAAGAAAAAUUACAUCACAUUUGUUUCCCUUAUGGCAACAAGCCUUGUCUGGCUUAUUGUUGAAUUCGGAGUUGGUGUUGCUGUCCUUAUUCGAUGCUUUGUGGAUAGAAAGGGUAUGGAUCAUCAAAUAAUGGAGAAACUUGGCAUUGGAUUCUCGCGCCCCCCCUUUGCGACAGUUGUGGCCCUGUGCACAUUUGUAUCUUUGCUUGCCACUGUGCCUCUGGGGGAGCUAUUUUUUUUCCAUUUGAUUCUGAUUCGAAAGGUGUGGAUCACAACAUACGAGUAUGUAGUUGCCAUGAGAACUCAGAGUGAACCACCUGGACCAUCUGUUGAUGGAGGAGAGCAGCAAAGCUUGCCAACUUCGCCAACCAGUUCUGCUGUUACUACAGUGAGCGGAAGAAGCUCUAUAGGAAUGAGUUUGCAAUAUAAAGGUUCUUGGUGUACCCCUCCAAGAAUCUUCAUGGACCAUCAGGAUGAAAUUAUUCCACAUUUGGAGCCAGGACGCCUACCAUCUACGGUUGAUCCAGAUACAGUUCACGAAGCUGACAGAGCCAAAAAGUUACCACAGCGUCCAGUUCGAAUCAGUGCAUGGAAACUUGCGAAAUUGGAUUCCAGUGAGGCUUUUAAAGCAGCUGCAAAGGCUAGAGCAUCAUCAUCUGUUCUACGACCCAUAGGUUCUCGAUAUAACCUUUAUGAUGCUGGUAAGUUAUCCAGUAGCAAUGUUAGUGGAAGGAGCAGUCCAAUCAGUACUGAUCAAGGGUUUCAAAAUAAAAACGAUAGAGCAGUGGUGACAGGUCUAUCUCCUUCCAGGACUAACUCAUAUCCAGCCAGCAGUGCUAGUAAUGCUAGCAGGGAUGACAUUGAGUCAUGCCGUCAGAGUCGUGGCAACUUUAGCAGUGCUAAUGUCUCCAACCUUGCCACAUCUCCACUACAACAGCAAACUUCAAACAGCGACCACUUCAACCCCAUUUAUCAGACAUCAACAGAUCAACCUCCUUGGACAGCAAGACAAAUUGAACUAAAUGGGAAUCCUCUUCGUGAGAAUGUGGCCCAAAUUCCUAUGAGAAGAAACUUAGGUGUAGCUGAGAAUAUGAGAACAGCAGUUUAUUGGGAUCCAGAAGCUGGACGCUUUGUCUCUUCUUCAAGAGGUGCUGGUUCUUCGUCUCAGGUUCGAAGAACAGAGCUUUUGUACAAAGAUCAAUCUAUAUUUUUUGGAGGCCCUCUUGUCAACGAGCUGCUAAGCAGAGGGACAAGAACUGGUACUUCACUGGCUCCGAGCCAGGAUAGAGGAUCUACCUCAAGUCAUUAUCAGCAAGGCAGGUCACAGAGGGGUGACCAACUUCAUGUGUUUGUUCCAAGCGAUUCUCAACAAAACCAGUAUUCAUCUAGGUCUCCUUAGAGCACUAAAAUGAGGGAAUAGUGAUUUGUUUUUGCUGAUGCAUAGAGUCGGGGUUCUGUACAUUAAACUUUCCCUUUUUGUCAUUCUAGAGCAGUUUUUUUACCACUUUCUAGUGCUAUAAAAGAUGCAUCCGCUCUUGCUAACCUCCAUAAUUAAUGCAAUCGCCAAAGAACAUAGGGUUUACAUCAACAUUUUUGGCUUAUAACUUGUGUAGACUUGAUAGUUAUUGAUAAUAGUAUUCACAAGUUUGUUUUUGUUUUGAA